AUGUCGCUGGCUCCGUCGCCGCCGAGCCUUGUCAAGCUGGCUUUGUCGCUGCUGACCUAUGUCGAGCCAGCUCCGACGCCGCUGCCCUUCGUGGAGCCGGCGGCCUCGCUGCCGAGCCUCGUGGUGCCGGCGGCCCCGCCGCCGAGCCUCGUGGUGCCGGCGGCCCCGCCGCCGAGCCUCGUGGUGCCGGCGGCCCCGCCGCCGAGCCUCGUGGUGCCGGCGGCCCCGCCGCCGAGCCUCGUGGAGCCGGCGGCCCCGCCGCCGUGCUCCCCGGCAGGCCGCGCGCCCGCGCCGCCCGCCCCGGCUCGGGCGCCGCCCUCGCGCCGCGCCCCGAGCCCGCGCGGCGGCCCCCGCCGCACCAUCCUAUACUCUGACGAGGUGGGCUCCGGCCUUGGCGCGCUGCUGGCGGAGCGCUUGUCGCAGGGCGUCCUCAACAACUGUCACCCGGGGACCUCCGCCGAUCGACUGAUAGAAUGUAUUUCUACAGGCGAGUUUGACCGCGCCUCCACGCUUAUUGUUUUCUUAGGGAAUAGUAUAGACUGUACUAAGCGAGAUAUUUUAAAAUUAUCCGCUACGCUGUCGGCGAUUGACCAGAGAGAGGUUGCAAAAAUAAUUAUCUGUGCGCUCCCAUAUAGAAUGUCGAGCAAGGUCAAUAAAAGGGCCCCCAUCGGCGGACUAUAA